CAUUAUGGAUCCAAGCCUUUUGAGAGAAAGGGAGCUGUUCAAAAAACGAGCUCUUUCCACUCCUGUAGUAGAAAAACGUUCAGUACCUUCUGAGUCAUCAACUUCAUCAUCAUCGAAGAAGAAGAAGGCAAAACUAGAACAUGGAGGGUCAUCAGGCUCCAAACAAAAUUCAGAUCAUAGCAAUGGAUCAUUUAACUUGAAAGCUCUUUCAGGAAGCUCUGGAUAUAAGUUUGGCGUUCUUGCUAAGAUAGUGAAUUAUAUGAAAACGCGUCAUCAGCGAGGAGAUACACAUCCUCUAACUUUAGAAGAAAUUUUGGAUGAAACACAACAUUUAGAUAUUGGACUCAAGCAGAAACAAUGGCUAAUGUCUGAGGCAUUAGUCAAUAAUCCCAAAAUUGAAGUAAUAGAUGGGAAGUAUGCCUUCAAGCCAAAGUACAACUUAAAAGAUAAGAAGGCUCUGCUUAGGCUCUUAGAUAAGCAUGACCAGCGAGGCUUAGGAGGAAUUCUUCUAGAAGACAUAGAGGAAGGACUGCCCAAUUCCCAGAAAGCUGUCAAGGCUUUAGGGGACCAGAUAUUAUUUGUAAGUCGUCCUGAUAAGAAGAAAAUUCUUUUCUUCAAUGAUAAAAGCUGUCAGUUUUCUGUGGACGAAGAGUUUCAGAAACUGUGGAGGAGUGUCACUGUGGAUUCAAUGGAUGAGGAGAAAAUUGAAGAAUAUCUGAAGCGACAGGGUAUUUCUUCCAUGCAGGAAUCUGGACCAAAGAAAGUGGCCCCUAUCCAGAGAAGGAAAAAGCCUGCUUCACAGAAAAAGCGACGAUUUAAGACUCAUAACGAACACAUGGCUGGAGUGCUGAAGGACUACUCUGACAUUGCUCCUGGCAAAUAGUGAACAGUUUUGUAGGAUAAUCAGAAUUUAGCCUCUUGGAUUUGGCAAGUCAUUGUCUCAUGCCCGCAAGGAUGGAUAGAGUCGUCUUGCCAACCUGAAUGUCAGCUUUACAGCCUAACUCUCAGGAGACUUGACAGUGAGGUGCCUCUGGUGGAGAGUUUAUCUCCUCAUCACUGGGCAAGCUCUUGAUCAAAUACAUGGGCUCGUAAGAGUCAUGAUGCCUUACGGGAAAUCUCUAUGAUCAUUCCAGCCUUCUGUAACAAACUACCCAUUUUCCGUAACUGUACUUGUGAUACAGUCUGUGGUUGAUCAUUACAGCCCUCAUAUCACAACUUACAAUUGUAGUGGACUAUGAAAAAAGGUUCGGUGUUCUCAAAAAGGGUGCCAUGGUAUCCUAAAGCAGUAAGUACUUUGUGUAGAUGAUAAAGAGUCCUUUUGUGGCUUUAGUUCUUCUAAUCCCUCUGUUUACUUAUCACCUGCAUCUACAGAGUCAUUGUUUACCUCUUUCUUACAUCCAAGCCCUAAAACAUGGCAUGAGAAUAUGUAAAACUGAGGCUCCCCAGAACAUGGGGAACUUGCUGGUCUAGCUUUCUAUCAGAGGUGUUUUGACAAGAAAGAUAGGGCUUUAAUGUCUUAAGUUAUAAAACUAGUAAAAAGUUUUCUGUAAUAAUCUGGAGCUAGCUUAUCUCCAAGUAUGCCUACUUUUUGUGUUCUCUACACACCAUCCUUUUGUUUUUUCAGUUUAUUGAGAUAUAAUUGACCUACAGCUCUGUACAAGUUUAAGGUGUAAAGCAUAGUGGUUUUACUUACACAUAUAAAAUCAUUACUACAGUAAGUUUAGUUAACAUCCAUCAUCCCAUUAUAGGUACCAAAAAUGGUUUUGUUUGUGAUGAGAAAUCUUAGGAUUUACUCUCUUAAUGUUCAUAUACCAAACAGCAGUGUUAACUAUAGUCAUCAUGUCGUACAUUAUAUUCCUUAUUCUUAUAACUGAAAGUUUGUACCUUUUAACUGUCCCUCUCUAGUUUUCCCUCCCCGAUCUCUCACCUCUGGUAACCACAUCUGAUCUCUUUUUGAUGAGUUUAGAUUUUAUUUUAGAUUCCACACGUAAGUGAGAUCGUACAGUACUUGUCUUUCUCUGUCUGAUUUAUUUCACUUAGCAUACUGCCUUUGAGGUCCAUCCAUGUUGUUGCAAAUAGCAGGAUUUCCUACUUUUUUAUGGCUAAAUAAUAUUCCACUGUGUAUAUAUACAUAUCAUCAUUCUUUAUACAUUCAUCUGUCGAUGGACACUUAGGUGUUUUCAUGUCUUGACUAUUGUAAAUAAUGCUGCUCUGUACAUGGGGCUGCAGAUAUCUAUUCGAUAUAGAGUUUUUAUUUCCUUCAGAAAUAUUCCCAGAAGUGGAAUUGUUGGAUCAUAGGAUUUUUUAUUUUUUUGGUGUGUGGGUGUUUUUUGUUUAUUUUUUAUUCUAGAGAGACAGGAAGGGAGAGAGAGAAACGUUGAUUGGCCACCUCCCACACGUGCCCCAACCCAAAGAUCAAAUCUGCAACCUUGGUAUGUGCCCAGAAUUGGGAAUAUAACCUGAGACCUUUCUGGUGCAUGAGAUGACACUGACUGAGCCACUCAGCCAAGGAGUAGGAUGGUUCUACUUUUAAUUUUUUGAGAAAACUCACUAGGUUUCCAUAGUGGCUGUACCAGUUGACAAUUUCACCAACUGUACGCAGGGGUUCCCUCCUCUCCACAUCCUUGCCACCUUAUGUUUUCUUUUGACUUUU